AUGAGGGACCUCGGCAGCCUGACCUGUGCAAUGAAACUCCUUCUCCUACUCGCAGAAAAGAAAUGUCUUCCUAAUCAUUCAGAAAGCACCUCCAACAACAACACAGGCUCCCAUCACGUCCACUGCACUGACAGAGCCUCUGACCUCUACAGGACCUCCAACAACAACACAGGCUCCCAUCACAUCAACUGCACUGACAGAGCCUCAGACAUCUACAGGACCUCCAACAACAACACAGGCUCCCAUCACAUCAACUGCACUGACAGAGCCUCAGACAUCUACAGGACCUCCAACAACAACACAGGCUCCCAUCACAUCAACUGCACUGACAGAGCCUCAGACAUCUACAGGACCUCCAACAACUACACAGGCUCCCAUCACAUCAACUGCACUGACAGAGCCUCAGACAUCUACAGGACCUCCAACAACUACACAGGCUCCCAUCACAUCAACUGCACUGACAGAGCCUCAGACCUCUACAGCACCUCCAACGACACCAUGGGCACCCAUUUGGUCUACUUGGCCAACAGACCCGCAGACCACAAGGACACUGACCAGUACAGCCAUGGACACUCAUGCACCUCCAACAACAACACAGGCUCCCAUCACGUCCACUGCACUGACAGAGCCUCUGACCUCUACAGGACAUCCAACAACAACACAGGCUCCCAUCACAUCAACUGCACUGACAGAGCCUCUGACCUCUACAGGACCUCCAACGACACCAUGGGCACCCAUGUGGUCUACUUGGCCAACAGACCCACAGACUACAAGGACACUGACCAGUACAGCCAUGGACACUCAUGAACCUCCGAAAACACAUCCUGGGACCUCAAGUAGACUGACAGACCCACAGACCACAAGGGCACUGACUACUACAGCAACAGACACUCGUGCAUCACGUCGUCCCUCGCAUGCAGCAGCACCAUCUCCUGCAUCGUCCCU